UUUAAGUAUGGGGCAUUUAAGGUUUUCCCUCACCAUCGACCUCCCCCUUCCCGUUCGGCUUUUCUCCACCACGUUGGUUUCUUCCCUCCACCAUACCCCAUAGAACGUCCAUUGGAACUUGCAUUCCCUGCGUGCAGAGGAAUUCUGGGUUUUUGUAAGGACUUCUGCUAUAGAAUUUCCGUCUCCUGGGUCUGCUUUGGCACUCCUUUUUUUUUGAACUUCGUAUUCUCGCUGGUUAUCGAGAAAACUCUGUUUGUAGUAGCUGACUGCUUAUCUGGCUGAAUUGCAACUACAAAAUCCUGUUACUUCAACCAGAGUGCUUCUUGCAAUAUUUGAAAUUGCUUCUUGCGGUUAAUUUACCAGCAUUUUAUUAGUCGUGCAGUUCUAAGAAAUUUCCUCUUUCUGCAUCUGCGUUUGGGUUUGAUAUCGCAUCCACUUACGCUUUUCUUCGUUGCCUGUGUCUCUGUUUUUCUUGUUUGACACGCUUCAUCAUGAGCCAGGUGAUACAUGUUCGCACAAAGUACGUGCUUAUUCUGGGCGCUGCAUUGCUAUCUGUGGUGACCCUCUUUGUUACGUACUGGAACAAUGAUUCUCUUAGCUUGGAUGGUUUCCGAAACACGGCUUCCUCCUCCUCUUCUUCUCCCUCCUCAUCCUCUAGCAGCUCUUCUCCCUUUUCUGUCUUUUCUUCCUCAUCAAAGAAGGAGCCUCUGUUCAAGAAAGCCCCCAUUGGCAGUGCCAAGUGUGAGGCUGCUCUUGAAUACCAGAAAACUGUGUUGUACAACUACUACAAGCACAUGUUUGAUGGCAUUAAGUAUGCUGCCAUCAUUAAUUUCCCCGAUUACCCGAACAAAGGUGACAGUGCCAUUUAUGUUGGUGAGCGCGAAUUGUUGAAGGAUUUGGGCAUUGAGACUGUGUACAUGUGUGCUAGCCUGAACGAUUAUUCGCGCGAGGCCUUGCAAAACUCUCUUGAGGGUAAAGACCCCAAGCUGGUAGCAAUGGCCUUCCAAGGCGGCGGUAACUUUGGUGAUCUGUAUCCUGACCAUCAAGCUUUGCGUAUGCAAGUUGCUCGUGACUUUCCUGACAUCCGUAUCGUCUCUUUCCCUCAGUCCAUCUGGUUCAACAGCGAGGAUUAUCUGAACCAAACUCGCGAAGUCUACUCUGCCCACUCUGAUCUCCGUUUGGCUGCUCGUGACCGUGAAAGUUACGGACGCGGUGUAAAUUACUUUGGCUUGACUAAUGACCUUGCUCUGGUUCCCGACAUUGUUUUCUACUUGGGUCCCCAUCCCGAGUUGCGCAAUCAAGAAGUGACCACUGAUGUCCUUGUGUUGGCUCGCCGCGACAAUGAGGGCGGUCAAAAGCAUGGUAAUGAGCAGUUGUACACGAGUCAAUUCAGUGCUGCAAACCUCACAUACCGUAUCGACGACUGGUUGGACUGGGAUCCUCCCAGUGCAACUGACCCUGAGGCCACCUUUGAACAGAAGGGUUUGGAUCGUUACUACGCUGGUACUGAGUUCUUGGCCCGUUCCAACUACCUAAUCGCCGACAGACUUCACGCUCAUGUUCUUUCUCUGUUGCUCGGUAUUCCCCACGUAGUUGUCGAAACAUCGAAGAUGGGUAAGGUCCGUCAAUACCAUUACACCUGGCUGCGCGACUGCACGCAACCUGGUGUGAGUGCUGUUGUUGACUCUGAAGAAAAGGCUAUCCAAAUGCUUCUCGAAUGGAAAGAGAAAAAUCUUAUUUAAUUUCCCACCUCUCCAUACCAACCUGAUGGUGGUCCUGCGCAGUAGACCUGUUCAAUGAGACCUUUUAAACCAACAUCUUUCGUAUGCACACAAGCGUGCUGCCCUGAUCCAUCUGUUUCCUGGACGAGCUCAUGAAUGUCUCAGUCUACAACUGAUUUAGUCUGUGACCUAAUUCAGCGAAUAUGAUCUAUCCCGCUAAAAAGUAUUGCUCCAGAACCGAAUGAGUUUGUGUUCUUGGACCCUCUCCACUUAAUACUAUCGUUCCCCUAUUCUCAUAAGUGGACUCGUAACGGAAUGUCGAUGA